AUGUUUGUGCUUAUUGUCGAAAAACUCAAUUUUGUGCUCGAAGAAGAAUGUCUCGAGAAACCUACUGAGACUACAGCAAAAGCUGAAAGUCAGGAGACCUCUUAUGACAUACUAGAAAGCCUGAAGGACAUGUUUGGACAUCAAAGUAGGAGAGCUCGCUUUGAGGCCAUUCUUACCUUGCAGAACAUCCGCAUGAAACCCGGAAUGCCUGUGAAGGAUCAUAUGUUGACUAUGAUUGCAGACUUCAAUGUGGCGGAGAAUUUGGGUGCAACUAUUGAACAGGAAACUCAAGUUGAUAUGCUAUUGAAUUCUUCAUUUGAUAUGUUUUCACAGUUUAGACUAUCACUUGCACAAGAUAAAUAUGCCAUUAACUGA